CAAGCUAUGACGUACUGCCGUGCGUGUUCCUACCAAAGGCGCUCGUCUUUGGUUCCUACUUUCUUGAUUUAUCGAAGCGGAACAGAGUCGUAACGAUGGAGAUGAGCCAGACACUUUUUGUCAAAGUGGUGGUGUUUUUUCUGUCGUGGUCCCACUAUGAAGGAAGAGAGUCGGAGUUUAAAGAUGUCACCUGCGGGUCACUGGUGAAGCUCCUAAACACCAGACACAACGUCCGCCUGCAUUCCCACGAUGUCAAAUACGGCUCAGGGAGCGGGCAGCAGUCUGUAACUGGAGUGGAAAGUGCAGAUGAUGGCAACAGUUAUUGGCAGAUACGAGGAAAGCCCGAACACCCAUGCCAACGCGGGACAGCAAUUAAAUGUGGGCAAGCUAUACGCUUCACACACAUGAAGACGGGUCGCAACCUCCAUACACACCACUUCAGCUCACCCUUGUCUAAUAAUCAGGAGGUGAGUGCAUUUGGGGAGAAUGGUGAGGGCGAUGACCUGGACGUUUGGACAGUGCAGUGCGACGGCAUCCACUGGGAGCGCAAUGAUGCCGUGCGCUUCAAACAUAGAGGCACCAAUGUUUUCCUGAGUGUGACGGGAGAGCAGUAUGGCCACCCCAUACGCGGCCAACGGGAAGUACAUGGUAUGACCUCACCCAACCAGCAUAACUGGUGGCGAGUCAUGGAGGGCGUCUUCAUCCAGCCAAGCCAAGAUCCACUGCGUCACGAUGAACUCUGAACCGUGAUGGGGAAAUCCAUCAAAGAAAACAAAUCCUGCUUUGACAACUUGCCAGUGCGUCUAUUAAAGUCGAACCUCAGUUUUCUGCUUUAUUUCAUUCCAAAAGGAACCAGGAACCCUAACAACAAAAAAAGCACUCAGAAAAGGAAAACUCAGUUAUACACAGUGCAAUUGAACGCCUCAUUAGCUUAGGGCGCAUAGUGUUUAUUAGAAGGUAGAAAGGAGACAGAAGCGGAGCUGUUAAUCAUUCUACGUGUGUUCUAUGAACAAAUAAACCACACAUGUAAUAAAUAUGGUUGAAGGACUUGCUAGCCGGAAUCUGUUUAUAGUGUCCCAACACUGCGCAUUCUUCAUCGUUACCGAUGCAUGGAUGCUUUGACUGUACAAUAACCAAGACAAUAUUUGAAAACCAACACAUAUUUAAACAGAGGUUCCACUGUACUUGUUAAUAUUGGUUUGUUUCACAAAUUGCUGACCAUUAUUAUGGGUGAGUCCAUCUUAAUUCACAUAAUUCACAUUCUAUGCUUCCAACUAUUUGAGAGCAUUUUGAGGAAGUGAAUUAUCUGCUCAUGAGUGUGGUGUGGAAGAACAUGACAAGCCUGCACAGACCCCUGACCAUCAAACGGCUGUGGUAUGAAUGAAGAGUCUGGCCCUCUCAUCCAGUCACUGUCUGGACCUCACCAAUGCUCUUCUGCUCUUGUAGAUUUCUUGAAGCUACAAAAGGCAACACCAGUUCCCCAUUUAUUUCCAAUUUUCCAUGCCUUGAACUUGGAAUAUACUGACAUUGUGAAUGCUCCUCACUUUAUUUAUUCGUAAAAGAAAAAAUAUAUUUUGAUGUACUUCAUUUUCAACUUGUAACCCCUUGCUGACACUCCAGCGGCCCUUCUAGAUCUUGUUUGUGUUAUAUGUGGUGGUUGAGUUACCAGUCAUAAAGGUUAUUUUAGUAACAAAUUAAUAUUUUGUGGGGGGGAGAUGAAAAAUUUCAAUAAAUGUACUUGUGUGUAUUUGAAAAAAAAAUGUUUUUGAUUUCAUUUCUUAGAUUUUCUGUAAAAUCUCUGGUAACCCAAUCAAUAUGAAGUUGGGUAUCAAAGCAACACCAAUGUGGUAAUUCUGGUAAAUCAGUGCUGCAUUGUUUACAUAGAAUGCAAUGUUGUUUCCGCAAAUAA